AUGUCAGCCUACCUAUCGGCAGCUCACCAACUACUGGAAAAAUUUCAGGCCUACGAGAUACGGCAGAUCCCCAGGUCAGAAAACAGCCACGCCGAUGCGCUCUCACGUUUAGCUUCGGCAAUAAAUGACAAGAUCGGAAGGAAGGUACUGGUGGAGAUAUUAUCCCAACCAAGCACGACAGCUGCUGAGGUGUGUACCGUUCGGUACGAGGACACAUGGAUGUCUCUGAUCUAUGCCUUCCUGACAACUGGAACCCUUCCUACCGAUAAGUCCCAGGCUCGGAAACUCCGUUACCGAUCCGCAAGAUACACAGUCAUCAACGAUGUUCUAUACAAGCGAGGCUACACGACGCCGUAUCUAAAAUGCCUUACCAAGGAGCAGGGGGACUACAUCCUUCGGGAGGUCCACAGCGGAGUCUGCAGUGACCAUUCCGGAUCCCGAUCGCUCGCACACAAAGUCUUCCGACAAGGAUAUUUCUGGCCGACUCUGCACCAAGAUGCGAACAUGUUAGUCAAGAAGUGUGACAAAUGCCAGCGGUUCGGUAGCAUCCCUCAUGUUCCUUCCGAGCCGCUCUCACCGAUUGUGAGCCCGUGGCUAUUCGCCCAAUGGGGGUUAGAUCUAAUUGGUCCGAUGCCAGAGGGCAAGGGUCAGGUCAAAUAUGCUGUGGUUGUCGUGGACUGCUUCACCAAAUGGGUAGAAGCCAAAGCCUUAGCGACAAUAACGGCAGCCAGAAUAGAAGAUUUCGUCUGGACGAACAUUUGUUGUCGAUUCGGCAUUCCCUACGCCAUCGUCACGGAUAACGGCAGGCAGUUUGAUUCGGAGUUCUUCAGAGAGUUCUGCAUCCGACUUAAGAUCAACCUGUUCUUUGCUUCGCCAGCUCACCCCCAAUCGAACGGCCAAGUCGAAGCAAUGAAUAAAAUUGUCAAGAAGCUAUUGAAACGGUAG